AUGCGCCGUUCUGCAUUGCGGGCUAUCGAGUCCGCGAAGCCCGACCCCUCCGAGCUCGAUCAAAUCACCACUCUCCCGAACGGAAUUCGUGUCGCCACCGAGUCAUUACCGGGCCCCUUCUCAGGCGUCGGAGUUUACGUUGAUGCUGGCUCCCGGUACGAAGAUGCCAGUCUGCGCGGCGUUAGUCACAUUAUGGACCGAUUGGCCUUCAAAUCAACCAAGCAGCGCUCCGGAGAUGAGAUGCUGGAGGUCCUCGAGGGACUGGGUGGUAACAUUCAAUGUGCUUCUUCUCGAGAGUCGUUGAUGUACCAGUCUGCCAGUUUCAAUUCGGCGGUCCCUACCACCCUUGGCCUGCUGGCAGAGACCAUUCGGGAUCCCCUCAUCACAGACCAGGAAGUGCUGGAGCAACUUGCGACCGCGGAGUAUGAGAUUGGCGAGAUCUGGGCGAAGCCCGAACUUAUCCUGCCGGAGCUCGUCCACAUGACGGCAUACCGGGAUAACACUCUAGGCAACCCUUUGCUGUGCCCCGAGGAGAGAUUGGGUGAAAUCAACAAGGCCACGGUCGAGCGAUACAGAGAGGUCUUCUUCAACCCGGACCGAAUGGUGGUUGCGUUUGCCGGUGUCCCCCAUGCGGACGCCAUCAAGCUCACCGAGCAGUACUUCGGUGACAUGAAGGCGAGGGACAUGACCAAGGGACCUGUUCUGUCUGGAUCAGGCAUUGACACUACUCUAUCGGCUUCCCACGCCGCGGCCAAGGAGGGUCAAGUCCCGACUGUUCCUCAGUUCACUGCCUCUUCAACAGUGACCAGCCCUGCCGCAUCACAAAACACACACUCUUCGCUCUUAUCCAAGCUUCCAUUCCUCAAGAAACUAUCGGGCUCCGCCUCGAAGGACGGUGUCGUCACACCCCUCGACCCCUCCUUGAUCGAGCCCUCGACGCUGGACCUCCGACGACCAGCUCACUAUACUGGAGGCUUUGUGGCACUUCCCCCGAUUCCGCCUCCGGCCAACCCUAUGCUCCCCCGCCUGAGCCACAUCCACCUUGCUUUUGAGGCUCUCCCCAUCUCCUCUCCAGAUAUUUACGCUCUCGCUACUCUCCAGACCCUCCUUGGAGGUGGCGGUUCUUUCUCAGCCGGUGGCCCCGGAAAGGGCAUGUACUCCAGACUUUAUACCAAUGUGCUGAACCAGCACGGAUGGGUUGAGAGCUGCAUUGCUUUCAACCACAGUUAUACCGACAGCGGCAUCUUUGGUAUCUCUGCCUCGUGCAGCCCAACUCGGACCACCGAGAUGCUCGAGGUGAUGUGCCGCGAACUGCAGUCCCUCUCCUUGGAUACCGGAUACUCCGCCCUGCAAACCCAGGAAGUUAACCGCGCUAAGAACCAACUCCGUUCCUCGCUGCUGAUGAACCUCGAGUCCCGCAUGGUGGAACUCGAGGACCUCGGACGUCAGGUGCAGGUUCACGGGCGCAAGGUUGGCGUCCGUGAAAUGUGCGACCAGAUCGAGGCUCUGACUGUUGAGGACCUCCGCCGCGUUGCUCGUCACGUCUUUGGCGGCAACGUCCAGAACAACGGACAGGGUACUGGAAAGCCCACCGUUGUGUUGCAGGAGGGCGAGCUGGAGGGAUAUAAACUUCGGUCUUUCCCUUGGGAAGAAAUCCAGGAGCGCAUUGCGCGGUGGAAGCUUGGUCGGAGGUAA